UUUUAUUCAUUCAUUACACGAGCAUAAAGAGCAAAAAUUGUUUUUGAAGUGAUCAUUUAUUUAAAUUUCAGCACGUAAUUUGGUGUGCGCUGUUUUAGUGCUUAGUCUGUUCUGCUCUAGCUUCAAGUUCAAUCAUGGCUCUACACUUUUCGGCUAAUCAGUAUGAAGAGCCGUUCAAGCCGGAGAGGCUUGGAAACUGGGAGGUGCCUCUGCUCCACAGAGAGUUCCCCGAAACCAGAGACGGUUUCACGCAAAUCAUCGCGGACGACCGGGGACACCUGCUAGACGGGGUGCCCAAGUCAGGGAAGAACCCUUGGGGGGACUUCGUGGGCACGUGGGACAUGCCUAGGAAGUUUGUAGGCAACAUCACCACUUUCAUGGGCAGGACGGAGGAGGCGGUGGAUGAAAUCAAAGCCGCCACAGGCAAGCCACUGAACAAGAGCUUCAACAAAAGCCUCCCGGAUGAACCCGAAUUGCCCAAACAGACCCGCCACAGUUCCUGUACCCCAACCGCAUUCUGACCGAGUGAAGUUAGCCGACCAACAACUUAGCCUAACGUGCAAAAUGUCAGCUCUAUAAUGGAAAACUUUCGAAUCAACAACUACAACAAAUUUCAAUCAGGACUGUCAAAAUACUACUAACCACUGUACAUUAAGAACCAAUUUUAAUCGUAGUAGUAUAAAAAAUGGAGUAUAAAAAUU